AUGGAAAAACUAGGCUACAUCAUCCCAAGACUUUUUAUGGGGGUGGUUGUUCAGGUUCUUUGCAGUUACAGCACGUUACCACUGUAUGCUCUUGUCACCCAGAUGGGUAGCAUGUUCAAAGAAGGCAUAUUCAAUGAGUUUACACAUGGACUUAUCCUGGACUGGAGAAGAGGAACAAGAACUGGUCCGUCAAACACCAUCAGAAAUGAGCCGAGUAGAAUGGCCAAAGAAUCAUUUGAAAGCGUUUGUAUUGCUGAACAAUCAGUUGUGGUUGAUGAGGGAUAUUCGACAUUAAUGGUUGGGUUUUCUUCUCCUAACCAAACAGAAACAUCAUCUGUUGAGUUUGUCCAUUGA